AUGGGAAGCUUAGCUGCUCGAAGAAAACAGAGUGCCGCUGCUGCUGCCGCUGCUGCUGCAAGCACUGCAAACAGUAGCAGUAAUAGUAAACCACCUAUUGCUCCCGGCACAGCUGCUGCUGCCGCCGGUGGAGCUGCUACCAACGCAACCAGUACCCUAUUUCCACCAGAAGUGGCCAAUCGUCUGCAUGCAUUCACGUCUGAGGAAAUCAACCAGCUCUUGGACAACAACAUUACCCAACCGCAUUCAUUGCUUCUCAUUGACAUUCGCUCAUUUGUACACUAUUCCCAUUUGCAUAUCCACAGCGCAAUCAACGUGUCGAUACCCAACACCAUUCUAAAACGACCGUCAUUCACCCUCGACAAAGUUUCCGAGGUUAUUGUUUCAGACCAGCAACGCGAGGCCUGGCGACGCUGGCCACAGUUUGCUCAUAUCAUCUUGUACGACCAGGCGUCUGAGGCCCUGCAGGAAAGUCACAAUGCCAUCACGUAUUUGUGCAUCAAAUUCCAUCAAGCCAACUACCAAGGCACUCUGGGCUAUCUGAAAGGCGGGAUGAGCUCAUUCAGCGCAAAGUACCCUAGCCGAUGCGCCAAUGCGCCUGUCACGAACAAUUCGCGUUCCAAAGGACUGAAUCUGGGCAUGGCUACGAUGGCUGGUCCGAUGACUCCCGGUCUCUCUGGCUUACCUUCCUCGCCUGCUACGGCCCUGACCCUUUCUUCGCUGGCAAAUGGAGCCAGUAGCGAUGUAUCAUCCUUGCAGCAGACAUCUGCAACAACAACAGCAGCAGCAGCAUCACCCACAACCACCACAUCACGCAAACGAGGCCCAGGCCUCCAUCUCGGCAGUCUUCCACCAUCUGCUGCGCCUGGCCCCUUCACUGCGCCUACUGUUGGACUCAACAACCAGCAAUUCAACCCAUUCUUUUCCAACAUUCGACAAAACAUGGAGCUCAGUCAUGGAAGUAUCAAGGAGCGGUUUCCUAUCCGCCUGCCGCCUUCGUCCAGCUGUCAGGUCGACAUGGCCACCGGUCGCGUAACCAAGCGACAAUUACGGCAAGGAUUAUCUGCUGUGCCUUCAUGGCUCCGUGACAUGUUCAGCUCGAACGACGGUCCGAGAAAACUGGCAGAGCUCUAUGAGAUCAUUGAGCGAACCGAGCAGCGUCGGCUGCAGAGUGUCAUGGCUCACCACUCAAAGGCCACAAGCAAUCUGGCCGAGCAUCCGUUCAGUAUUGUCGCCGGUAUUGAGAUGGGUGCCUUGAACCGAUAUACCAACAUCUGGCCCUUUGAAUACACGCGAGUCAAACUCAAGACAUGCUCUUCCGGAUCAACGGGCUACAUCAACGCUAGCUUCAUCGAGUACAUUGAUUGUGAUCCUGCCACUAUUGCUUCACCGUCGUCGUCAUUGGGUUCAGUUGUGCCAAACUUACGGAGCUUGACCGAGCAACGCAAGACAUCGCCCACAGGGCGCCAGUAUCGUCGUUACAUUUCCACGCAAGGUCCUUUACCCGCCACAUUUGGCGAUUUUUGGACAGUGGUUUGGGAGCAAGAGACCCGUGUCAUUGUCAUGUUGACCAAAGAAGAGGAAAUGAACCGAAUCAAGUGCCAUCGUUACUGGCCUUCGUCCGUAGGCGAAUCCGUAACGUAUGGUCCCAUCAAAUUGACCUUCGUCUCUGAGACAACCCAUGCGGCAUCCUCACCCCAAGGCUCGACGGACGACCAGACGCUCAUCCGCGAAUUCACGAUUGAAAAGGACCAGGAAAAGCGGACAGUGCACCACAUCCAGUACAUGGGAUGGAUGGACUUUGGCGUGCCGGAUAAUCCUAUCGGUACAUUGGAACUAGUCAAGCUAGCGGACGAUAUCCAGACGAAAUGGGACCAUGAGGGAGAAGGUAGCAAGAAGGCUGGGCCGAUGAUUGUCCAUUGCUCAGCAGGAUGCGGUCGCGCAGGUGCAUUUUGUGCCAUAGACACUGUGAUCCAUCGGUUACGGUCGCUGUCUUGCUUAGACAGACUCAGCGAGGCGGAGCGGUCAGGACAAUUGGAUGUCAUGUAUCAGACCGUUGCAAAGUUCCGGGAGCAACGCGUUAGCAUGGUGCAGACGUUGCGGCAGUUUGUGUUUUGUUACGAAGCAAUCCUAUGGUGGAUUCUGGGCUAUGGUUGA